AUGUUAUGUUGUCUCAUUUUUUCAGAGAAGUUAAAUAACCGAGUGACACAUGGUGACGUAGUGACACCUUCAGUUCUUCAAAAAUACUUCAUAAGUGCCUUCCUCAUUAAUCCCCACUAUGUUGUCAAAAUGUCAUGUUGUCUCAUUUUUUCAGAGAAGUUAAAUAACCGAGUGACACAUGGUGACGUAGUGACACCUUCAGUUCUUCAAAAAUACUUCAUAAGUGCCUUCCUCAUUAAUCCCCACUAUGUUGUCAAAAUGUUAUGUUGUCUCAUUUUUUCAGAGAAGUUAAAUAACCGAGUGACACAUGGUGACGUAGUGACACCUUCAGUUCUUCAAAAAUACUUCAUAAGUGCCUUCCUCAUUAAUCCCCACUAUGUUGUCAAAAUGUCAUGUUGUCUCAUUUUUUCAGAGAAGUUAAAUAACCGAGUGACACAUGGUGACGUAGUGACACCUUCAGUUCUUCAAAAAUACUUCAUAAGUGCCUUCCUCAUUAAUCCCCACUAUGUUGUCAAAAUGUCAUGUUGUCUCAUUUUUUCAGAGAAGUUAAAUAACCGAGUGACACAUGGUGACGUAGUGACACCUUCAGUUCUUCAAAAAUACUUCAUAAGUGCCUUCCUCAUUAAUCCCCACUAUGUUGUCAAAAUGUCAUGUUGUCUCAUUUUUUCAGAGAAGUUAAAUAACCGAGUGACACAUGGUGACGUAGUGACACCUUCAGUUCUUCAAAAAUAA